CAUCAUCAUCAACCAUGGAACAACCCUCGACCACACCCCAUAUAGCCAUCGCACCAUCACCGGGCAUGGGUCAUCUCAUCCCUCUCGCCGAGUUUGCGAAGCGACUCGUCCACCGCCACAGCUUCUCGGUCACCUUCGUCAUCCCCAAUGACGACUCCCCGUCCAAGGCCCAGAGGUCCCUCCUCGAUUCCCUCCCUCCCUCCAUCAUCUACGUCUUCCUGCCUCCCGUCAGCUUCGACGACCUGCACCCCAAGACAACCCGCAUCGAGACCAUCAUCACCCUCACGCUGAAGCGCUCCCUCCCCUCCCUCCGCAACGAGCUGCAGAGGCUGGCAGAGUCCACUAGGCUCGUUGCCCUCAUUGCCGACCUCUUUGGCACCGACGCAUUCGCCGUGGCUGAGGAGCUCAACGUCUCCCCCUAUAUUUUCUUCCCCAACACGGCCAUGUGCCUGUCGCUGUUCCUUCACUUGCCGACGCUGGAUGAAGCGGUCUCCUGCGAGUACAGGGACCUGCCAGAGCUGGUGAAGAUACCCGGUUGCAUACCCGUCCACGGGAGGGACCUGUUCGACCCGGUCCAGGACCGCUGCAAUGAUGCUUACAAGUGGGUCCUCCACCACGCAAGGCGGUACAGGCUGGCGGAGGGGAUCCUGCUGAAUAGCUUCGAGGAGCUUGAGCCAGGGGCGAUCGAGUACCUGCAAGGGGAAGAGCCCGGGAAGCCGCUGGUCUACCCGGUGGGACCGCUGGUGAACAUGAAGCAGAGCAGCAAGUCCGACGGCUCGGCGUGUUUAAAGUGGCUGGACGAACAGCCCAAAUGUGCGGUCCUGUACGUGUCGUUCGGAAAUGGUGGGAACCUCUCGUACGACCAGAUUCAAGAGCUGUCUCAGGGAUUGGAAAUGAGCGAGCAGAGGUUCUUGUGGGUGGCGAGGACCCCUAAUGACAAAGCGGCCAACGCCACCUACUUGACUGUGGACAGCCAAAAUGAGCCGCUCGAGUUUUUGCCCAAAGGCUUUCUAGAGAGGACCAAAGGUAGGGGCUUGGUGGUGCCAUCGUGGGCGCCGCAGGCCCAGGUCCUGGCCCAUAGCUCGACCUGUGGGUUCCUCACCCACUGCGGCUGGAACUCAACCCUCGAGAGCGUGCUCAAUGGUGUGCCGCUUAUCGUCUGGCCGCUCUUCGCCGAGCAGAGGAUGAACGCGCUUAUGCUGACUCAGGACAUCAAGGUGGCGCUGAGGCCGAGGGCCGAGGAGAGCAGUCUGGUGGGGAGGGACGAGAUCGCCAAGGUCGUGAAGGGCCUGAUGGAGGGCGAAGAAGGGAAGUGCAUUUGGAACCGCAUGAAGGACCUCAAGGACGCAGCGACCAAGGUGCUCAGCGAAGACGGGUCCUCCACGAGGGCACUCUCCGAGUUGGCUCUCAAAUGGAGUGCCAAACUUGUAAAUCAGGUUCAUUAGAAUC